AUGUAUACAACAAACAUUCGUCCUCCAACAUUUUAUCAUCAUUAUACAACUCAAUUUUUUCCUGCAGCACCUGAUGGUCAACCUCGUGUAGGUAAAGAUGGUGGUAAUAGUAUGUUACUACCACGAUCUCAAUAUGUAUAUUCAUUUCGUUUAUCGGGUUUAAUACUUGGUAGUUUAAUUUUAUUUUUUACUAUUAUUUUAUUAUCAACGGAACUUGGAAGACUUUAUAAUGGUUCGAAUAAUUAUGGUAGAAAUGAAUCAAAUGUUUCAUCGACAUAUUUAAUCUAUCCAGGAAAUACAAUUGGUAUUAAUGAAAAAUUUCCAAAUCGUAAAUUAGAAAAUCGUUGGAUGUGGCCAUGGUCAACAGCAACAUUAUUAUUUAGUUUAAUAUUUAUAACUGCUGGUAUAUUUGGUAUAAUAAGUGGUCUAAGAGAAAAUUAUACAUUAAUAUUAACAUUUUUUAUAUUUUCAUUAUUAUCAAUAUGUUUAUUAAUAUUUUUAAUAGCAACAUAUUCAACAAUAAUAUCUGGUUGGAAAAGUUAUUAUGGAACACGUAAUGAAGAUUUAAUGACAAAAUAUACACGUAUUGAUAGAGAUUUAUCAAUCGUUUGUUUAUCAAUGUGUUGUCCUUUAUUUAUUAUUUUAUUAAUUAGUAUGAUUUUAUCUGGUAUAAGUAUUGAUUUAUGUACAAGAAAAAAUUUUUCGUAG